GGUUGCAUUCGCCGCUCAAUGAACUUGCUGCUCUGUUUUUUUGUCUUCCACUACUUUUCCUCAACAGUCUUUCUAUGUGGCGUUUAUUUGAUAAGUUUUGUAAAGUACUCACCUCGUAAAGGAUACAAAAACUCAAGAAAGAACAUCGGAUAAACCACUGAAAAGAGGUUAAUGACUAAUGGAGCUGUGAGAGCAAAGUCCACACCAGUCGUCACAAGCCCGAAACUUCAAAUCUCUGUCUCUGUGUUUGUCUAAGAAGUACGAGCAUGUCCUCCUCUGACCGUAAAACCCCGGUGGAUUACGGCGUUCAGAUCCGCUUCAUCAAUGACCUCCAUGAUGGCGGCGGAGGGCAGCCGGGGCAACCCCCUCGCCCUAAGGCGCAGUCGUCCUCCAAGUACGGCGUGGCAGUGCGGGUCCAGGGCAUCGCCGGGCAACCAUACGUGGUGCUAAAAGACGGACAGAAAGGGGACUCGUACGGUGUUCAGCUGAGGACAAACUACCCCUCAGGUUAUGGCAGUCUCCCGCGCAGAAAGGACAAAUCUGACCCCAGAACGUAUGGAGAGGACGCAGACGGCCAAGGAGGGGCGCUGCGGAGGGCACAGUCCCACGGAUCACUUUUGGAUCGGGAUGGAGACGCAGAGGAGUUUCAUCUGUCUAGACUCCCAGCUGAAGGCACGGCAACAAGGGUCAGCAGUAGAAAUGGGAGCGCUGAGCCGAAUACAUGGGCCUUUAAUGACCAGAACAAGCAAACAAACACUAACAGACAAAUGAACCGUUUUAAUGGAGGCCAGAACAGACCCCCCUCUUCUGUCCCCCCUCCUUACCCCUACACCUCUCCCCCUUCCUCCACGCACAGCAGCCUGGGACACAGCCAACAACCUGUCAGCAAAAGUCCUGCUAAUCAGUGGACAGGGAGACAAGCUAACCUGACAGAAACACAAUUGUCUGAUCUGUGUGUUAAGGUGACGCCUGACCUUUUACUGGACCAGGGGCAGAGUGCAGAGGCCAGCAGUGAGGAGCAGCAGAUGAUGCAGACCAUUUACAACAUCCUAAGAGAAGGAACAAAUGAGAGUGAUAUCGUCAUCAAGCACAAAGUCAAGAUCAUCGUUCAGACCUUUAAGCUCAAAGAAAAAGUAUGUGAAGAUUUAACCAGAGAGAGAAUGGAGCUCCAGAGGAAAGUGGCUGAGCUCCAGUUGGCCCUGCAGCAGGAGAGAAGAGACUCUAUUAACAACUCCAGUGCUGCUCUGAAGGCUGAGCUGGAGUCGUGUCUGGAUGAAAAUCUACAACUCCGAGAGCUGCACGACCGCAUGAAGAAAGAGUUAAACGAAACCCAAUCCGAGCUGACGCAGCUGCGGAUGGACAGGGAAAAUGCAGAGGCCCGUGCCAGAAACAUGGAGGACCAACUGGGCGAGCUUCAGGAUGAGAUCAGAAAAGAAAACAACAACAAAACUGACCUGAUGUCUUGCCAAAACGAGAUGACAGAGUUGUAUCAGGCCAAGCAGAAGCUGGAGGAGAUCUUAAGGCAGAGAGAGAGGGAGCUCACGGCUCUAAAAGGAGCUCUGAAGGAGGAGGUGGCGUCUCAUGACAAAGAGCUGGAGCGGCUGAGAGAGCAGUACAGCACAGACAUGGAGAAGCUCCGCAGCAGCAUGGAGCAGGUGUCCCAGUCUCAUGCUGGUAUUGAAGCCGAGCGGCUGCGAGUCAAUGCUUCAGUCCGGACACUUCAGCAACAGUUAGAAGACUGCAGAGAUGAGAGCAGCCACUGGAUGGAGCAGUUUCACAAUACAAGGGAUGAACUGCGGAUCACCAAACAAGAACUUCUACAAACACGCUUGGAAAAAGAAGAGUUUGAGGAGGAGCUAAAGGAGGUGAAGGAGAGAGUGACCUCCAUGAAACAACAGGCAGCCCCAGACUCCAGCCAAACACAGGCUCUCAACCAGGAGCUCCAGAAAAGUACUGGAGAACUUCAGAAAGCCCGUCUGGAGUUGGAAAAGCAACGGACACAGUUUGAUAAGAAAGUGAUGGAGAUGAUCGCUCUGAAGAAGUCUCAUCAGGACCAAGAGGCAGAGCUGAAGUAUGAGAUCGACCGGCUCAAAGAGCAGCUACAGAGAGCUAAAGGGGACAUCAACAAGGCACAGGAGAAAAGCAAAAAGCUGCCAGACCCAGCCACCAUCUCAGAUUUGGAGCAGAGGCUCAAUGAGGCGAGAGGUGAAGUCAGUCAGCUGAAAGAGAGGCUGUCUGCAGCGGAGAAGGAGCUGGAGGGCACUAGGACCCAGCUGAAGAGGUCCGAGCUCGAUGUCACAGUGGCUGAAGAUGCACAGAAAGCCCAAGAGGAGGUCAACACACGCCUCAAAGAAAAAAUAUCACGAUUGGAGGCGCAGCUGCUGAACAAUGCGACAGAGAGCUCAGAGGCAGAGCUGGCUCUUCACUCAGAGGUCAGAGGACUGAGGUCUGAACUGGACGAAGCCAAAAGGAAAAACUCCAGACUGAACCAGGAACACAGUGAACUUGUCUUCAGGCUCGAAAACACAGAGAAAGACAAAGACGCACUGAAGCAGAGCACUGUUCAGCUGGAGGAGAAGAGACAGCAACUGGAAAAGGCCCUGGACAAACUCACUAAAGAGUUCGAGUCUUUGGUCGUGUCCUCUAAAGAAGAGUCGCGGUUGCUCAAAGUUCAGCUGGAGGAGCAGAAGGAGAAGGCACGCAAAGACAUGCAGGAGGUACAGCGCCAUGGCACGGACGCCCAGACAGAACUGGACCGGAGCCAAAGCAACAUCAGACGAAUGGAGGAAGAGAUGACACGACUGAAGAAGGAGCUGUUGUUGGCCUGUGAGGAACGAGACAACCACCAGCUGGACAAGGAGCUGCUGACGAAUAGGCUGCGCCACCUAGAGACAGAGAUGGAGAACGGCAAGAACAGCCAGAAUGAGAAAAUACGAGAGGUCCGACUCUUGGAGGAUAAGUUGAAGCGUCAGGAGUUGGAGCUGGAGGAGGAGAAGAGCAGUGUGGAGAUGCUGACGGAGCGACUGUCCCGGAGCAGAGACCAGGUGGAUCAGCUGCGUUCAGAGCUCAUGCAGGAGAGGUCCUCCAAACAAGACCUGGAGCUGGACAAGAACGCCAUGGAGAGACACCUGAAGGAGCUGAGGGGUCGGUUAGCAGACAUGGAGGGCCACAGUCGCUCCUCAGUUGGAGUGUCUCAGCUGGAAAACAAGAUCCUAGAGCUGGAAGAACGACUACGGAGUGAGGAGAGAGAGAAAAACACGGUGCUGGCAACACAACGUCGUCUGGAGAGAAAACUGAAAGACCUCAACAUGAUACUGGACGAGGAGAGGCAUAACCACUCAGAACAGAGAGACCAGCUUGCUCUGAAGGUAAAGGCUCUGAAGAGGCAGGUGGAUGAGGGGGAGACAGAGCUGGAGCGCAUCGAUAAUCUGCGAAGAAAAGCUCAGAGGGACGCAGAGGAGCAGUUGGAACUGAAGGAGGCGCUACAGAGCAGAGUGGCAGCCCUGGAGACUGAACUCAAGCGUAAAACCCAGGCUUCCUUGCGCCCGACUCUGGACUCCUCAGCUCUGAGCUCAGACGAUGAUGACAGUUUGUAUGAUCACUCAAGUAUCACUUCCAUCCUCACCGAGAGCAACCUCCAGACCAGUUCCUGCUAGGACCCCUUCAGGAGCAAGGCCAGUGUGGGAAAACCCAGCAUUGCUAAUAAAGAAUGCAGAGGAGGAAGUAGAAGCUGGCUGUACGUCUAUGUGAGCUAAUUGCACUUUGGUAUGCACUAUACAAAGGUACUAAGGUAAAGGGACAAGGAUUUUCCAAACAUGAGUGAAUAGGAGGAAGUCAGAGGGCCACAGCCGUUUCCUCCUCUCCAGUGUAGCAGAUGCUAAUUAGGCUGUGGCACUCUCUCAAAAAUGCACUGUUGACUAAAUGUAAAAGGUCAUCUCUUUUCCAUUUAAUUAUUUUAUUUGGAGCUAAGAUAAUUAUUUAGAUUUUAAAGAAGACAUAUUGUUCUUAGGUCUGCUAGAUAUUUAUAAUCUUUGACACCCGAGGAUCACUAUGUUAUAAUUUGUUAUAAAUUAUUAUGUUAUCAUUUUUAAAUUGCAGUAUUAAUUUAAAAUGACUUAAUAAAAGAAACAAAUUUGCUGACUCCUGUGCCCAGUGGAAGCUGAUGUCGUCGUAAACAUCAUCACAACAAAGAGCUGUGUAGCUCUUGGCCCCUCCUAUGGAUCACACUAGAGUAGCCUUUUUUUUUUUUCAUUUGUACUAAAAUUACUAUGCGAUGCUGCCGAAUCCUGCAUGUACCAUCCAUUAAGAAAAAUAAAAUUGAAGACUUAGUAAGUAUAGAGCAGUGGAACUGUACCGGUGGCAGUGAAAACGGGGCUGAUCGGCAAAACGGGGUCUUAAUAAUAAGUGAAUGAGGAAGGAGAAAAGCGAAUGAAUAAGGAGAAACAUGGUUAAACACUCUGAAAAGAAUAGGUGUGCUUUAAGGUAAUGUACUUAAGAACCUAUGUAUCCAAGUUACAUCCUACACCUUAAGGUUAAACUGUACUUUGCUGAUCACUCAUUGAUUUUCUGCAUUUGAUCCAUUCUUCAACCAGUGCCUCUGGGCCAAUUUGUCAGGAGCAGUCAGCUACUGCCCUACAGCACCCUGGGACCCAUCACCAGAGCUUGAGAUGGGCUCGGUCAGGAGGAUUUUACCUUUGGUGCAUGUUUUGUGUUGAUAGGGGAAGCCGGAGUGUAUGGAGGAAACCAACCCAGACAUGUGGAGAACCAUGCAGCCCUAAAAAAACACAUUACUUUAUUAUUAUUAUUAUUUCAUGGGAGUAUUUGUCUCAAACUGGAGGUUGUUAGUAUCACAACAUACUUAGUCACAUCUACAGUUCACUGCACACUAAAAUAUUAAAAUGGAAAAAGGAUGACAUAAUACAUUUAAAGUUGACAUUUAUUUCUGGAGUGCAAUAGCAGUUAAUAUAUGAUAUGAAGCCACAUUUGAAACAACAAAAGCACUUUUUUUAUGUAAAGGAGACAGCACAAGAUGCAUGAAAUACCUCUAUUUUGUUUAAACCGGUUCUGUCUUAGGUUGAGUUUUUACUGCUGUAAACUUGUCUGAAUUAUGUGGUACUUUCAUUCCACAAGUCCUACUUUGUGUAAAAAGAAAAAAACAAAAAACAAACAAACACUAAAGGAUAUUGAUUUUGAAGAGAAAAUGCAAAAGUAAACCUUGUAUUUAUCUCUCAAUUUAAAAAAAAAGUUUCAUACAUUGUACCUAAUCUGGUUAAAUAAAUACAUUUAACAUAUAAUUAAAUUGUGUGUGAUUUAUAGGUUCUUAGCAAUAGUUUUAAUAUUUAAGACUCUGGUUUGGUGUCAUUUUUAAAAUUAGCCAAACUGAUCAGUUAGGAGAUAAAACUGCACUAUUUCUAUGCAAGGAUUUGUAUUUGUUAAUGAUAUUUUUUACAUAUAAUUUUGAUAUGUACCAUUGUAUGAUACUUUGUACAGUUUGAACAAUCACACAAUAAUUUCACUACUGUAUAUUUUCUUUACAGUAAAAUAAUGUAAAAUAAAUGCAUUAUUCAGAUAAAUGUUCUGUAAUGACUGAGGUUAUAUUGCAUUCACUUUAGCAAUAAUAAAACUAUUUAGAAACU